AUGGCAACGAAGAAAGUACUGAAGACACCUGGAAGCCCACUAGGUGGUGGCAAGAAGCCCGCCCCAGGCCCAAAGGCUUCACAAACUGGUGUCCCAAAGCAGGAAGCCAAAGCAACCGGUGUUUCCCAUAGUGCCACGGAAGUACCUGGUAACGCAAAGGCUGGUGGAAAAGCCCCCAAACCGAAAGCAGGGAAAUAG